UUUGACAGCCGGCUCGAAAUAAUAUACUAGCGUGUCCUAUUACAACCACAAGACUUGUUGCUCUGAGAACCAGUGACGAAGAAUUCUUGAAGGCAGUACUGUUUAUAUUUGUGCCUUUGGUUAUAUCAGAGAGAGACCUACAUUGAAAACGUGAUGAGGUCUAAACGGAUGUCAGCUGCCCAGAAAGCAGCCAAAGCAAAAGAGAAAAGGGAAGCAAAGUCGAAGACUGAGAAAUCAUUGAGUUUAGUGGGUGACUCAUUAAAAAACCCAGAAAACCCUUGUUCCAUUUCAGGAACUGUGGCCAAAACUAACGACGUUAGUGGCCAGAGGCUAGUCAAGGCCUCUUUAAAAAACCUUGGCACAGAAACAAGAACAAAAACAAGAACUGAAACAAGAACAAACACAAGAACUGAAACAAGAACUAAAACAAGAACUGAAACAAGAACAAAAACAAGAACUAAAACAAGAACUGAAACAAGAACUGAAACAAAAACAAACCUGAACAAUGAAACUGAAACAAGAACUGAAACAAGAAUGAAACUGAACAAUGAAACUGAAACAAGAAUAAAACUGAACAAUGAAACUGAAACAAAACUGAACACUGAAACAAGAACAAAACUGAACAAUGAAAAUGAAACAAAACUGAACAAUGAAACUGAAAUAAGAACAACACUGAACAAUGAAACUGAAAUACAACUGAACAAUGAAAAAGAAACAAAACUAAACAAUGAAACUGAAACAAAAACAAAACUUAAUGAUGAAACUGACACAAAACUGAACAAUGAAAAAGAAACAAAAGUGAGUAAUGAAGAAAACCCAAAACAGAUACUUAAAAAUAAAGAUAAACUGAAAGUUGAUAUUGAAAGGAAAGCUACAAAUAAACUGAAACUGAACUCCCAAACCAAAGUCAAAGGAAAAGUUACAUUGAUGAAAGGAAUCCACGAAACGGGAGCAUGCAUAGUUAAUCAAAAUGAAAUUAAAACAGAGGAAAUAGAAAAAGAGAUGAAAUAUGAAGAAAUAUUCAAUGUUUCAAAUAAGCGAAAAAUACCAGGAGACAAGAAUGACGAGUCCAUUGAUACAGUCGAGAAAAAGUGUUGUUCAAUUCCAACAGAUAUACAAAAUCAAAUCGAACGCAAACUUCAGCAGUUAUCGCAACCAGACUAUGGAAAAAAGGAAGUUCGAUUAAUUGAUGUAUUGAAGCAGAAACCAAAAACGAAAAAAGUAGGAAACGCAAGGAAACAAAAAGAGGAUGAUGAAGUGUAUGUAACCGAUAGUGAAAAAAACGAAUUGAGUUUUUGUCCACUUUCAAACACCACAAAAGAACGGUUGAAAAAAAGAGCAAGCUCAAUUGUUGUUGCAAAUGGAUCAAAAGAACAAUCUAUUUCUAUUGGCAAGGUACUAAAAGCUCCUUCGAGAACAAAAUCUAUAAUAGGGGAUGGAAAUUGUUUCUUUAGAGCGAUAUCAUUUGCAAUCUUUGGUGAAGAAUGCCAUCAUUUCAAGAUAAGAAGCACAAUUGUUAAUCAUCUUUUGAAGAAUGAAAGUACAUUUUUUAGCUUUUUAAGAUCAGGAUAUCAAUCAGUCUGCAGUUAUGUUUUAAAAAAAGGCAUGCUGAAGAACGGUUCAUGGGCUACCGAAGUUGAAAUUAUUGCUGCAGCUCAUUUGCUACAAACAGACAUUUUUGUUUUUGACGAUUAUAGCAAAUCAUGGGCAAGAUUUUCAGGAAAGCAGGCAAACGGCAGAUUAAGUGUAGAAUCUGAGGCUAUUUAUCUGAAACAUUGUUACCGAGCGCAUUACGAAGUUGUACUUUCUGUGGACGUGCAAAAAGAAAACUUAUCAAAGAUGUCUGCAAGCACAGCCUUAAACAAUGCCUUUUCAAAAACAGCUGUACACGAUAUAGAGGUUGAUAGAAAAAUUGAGACAUUUGGAUGUGGCCGUCCAAGAUCUGACGACAUCAUUGUGGAAGAGGCAUAUCAUUAUAGCACAGGGGCAGAGGACCAUGAACAUGAGAGAAAAAUCCUACAAGGUAACUGUCACCAAGGACAUUCCAAGUUCGGUGCAUCUGCUGGAAAACAAUGUGUUUUGAACAGUCUUGCUUCCUUGAUGUAUAGUAGAGUAAAGCUCACAAAACAUUGGAAUGUUAAUGACAUGAAUGUUGUGUUGAAUACAGGAAAUGAACUGUAUCAGUUAUUGUCAAAGAGCUCUACCAUGCAAAAUGAUUAUGUAUUAAUUGCAGAAAUUCCAAGACAGAUCGAAUGCUUUAAUAAAGAAUUUAAUUUUGAAUUUAAUGAUUCGUUAGAUAGAUUUGGUAAAGUGUCAGGAUGUGGAAAUAGUAUUCUUCUUGAGUUCAGUACAACAGAAGAGCUUAGUUUGCACUGUAUAACGUUGGCAAAUUCCAUGAAUGCUACUAUGUUUGAACAGUUUGAGAUCACUGGUGUAAGAGUAGCAGAACUAAAUAUAAAAUUCCCGACUCUGCAAAGAGGAGAAGAAAAAGAAAAAGUUCAGAAACCUUGA